UAUUUGAUAUUGUCACCAAACACAUGAUCCAUGGGCCAUGCGGUGCUUUCAACAUGACGUCACCGUGCAUGGAAAAUGGAAAAUGUAAAAAAAACUUCCCAAAGCCGCAUACGAAUGACACGAACACGGAUAUUGAUGGUUAUCCAAUGUAUCGCCGCAGAAGUACUGAGAAUGGUGGCCACACAUUUACAAUGCGACUGCCGAACUUUCCAAAUCAAGUUGAGUUUGAUAAUCAGUGGGUAGUACCAUACUCACCACUACUUUCAAAAAUUUACAAAGCUCAUAUCAAUGUUGAGUUUUGCAGUUCUGUUAAAUCAAUUAAGUAUAUUUGUAAAUAUGUAAACAAAGGCAGUGAUUUGGCCAUAUUUGAAGUACAAAACAUAAAUAAAAAUGACGAAAUAGCACGAUACCAAAUGGGCAGAUACAUUAGCAGCAAUGAAGCUAUUUGGCAUAUUCUCAGCUUUCCCAUCCACGAAAGAGAUCCUGCUGUCCAACAUCUGGCAAUACAUCUUGAAAACGGUCAACGUGUAUACUUCACUGAAGAAAAUGUUCUCCAAAGAGCGUUCGAAGCUCCGAAAACGACUCUAACUGAAUUUUUUACAUUGUGUCAAAAACCUGAUGUUUUUGGCCAAUUCGCGAAGACAUUGGUGUAUGGUGAUGUUCCACGUUAUUUCACAUGGAACAAAUCCAGUAAAAAAUGGGAGCCACGGAAACAAGGAAAACCACAUCCUUCCAUUACAGGCAUAUUCAAAGCUAAGAAAUUGGGGAGACUUUACACGGUACAUCCAAAGCAACUUAAUGGUCGAGUAUUCAAUACAUACCAGGAUGCAUGUCGUGAACUGCAAUUGCUAAAAGACGAUAACCAUUGGGACUUAGCGCUUGCUGAUGCUGCGUUGACAUCAACACCGAAUAACAUUCGUCAGUUGUUUGCAAUUACUUUGACGACAUGUUAUCCCUCGCAAGCACAAACUUUGUGGGAAAAAUAUAAAAAUUGUAUGACAGAAGACAUCUUGCACCGAAUUAGACACAUAAAUCAAAGCCAAAUUAGAGAUUAUACACCAGAGAUGUACAAUGAAGCAUUGGUCUUGAUCGAGGAUUUAUGUGUUCUCUUAGUGUUCCUCUUAAUGUAAUAUAACAAAAACUUUAGCCACAGCAAUGCGUGGCCGGGUCAGCUAGUCAUAUAAUAAAUUCUUAAUGUUAAUAUUGAUAUUUUGUAAUACGAGUAUAUUUAAACUAAA